GGCCGGCCGGGGCUGGUCAGUUGGCACUAGUGGAAGGAAGUUCUACUUGAAGAGGAUUGAAGGGAGAGGCAAUUCUCAGUAGAACAGAGAGAUGGAGAACAACUAACAGUAGCUAGAGAUGCUGUAUUGGUGAGAGUGAGUGCCGAUCGCCCCUGAAGACCUGAAGACCUAAGAGAACUUGGCUGCCGAGAAGGACAUUUUGAAGGUUUUGUUGGCUGGAAGAGGUGUCUCUGGAAUUCCAUCCCUAGAUCUUUCUUCGGGAUUUGAAGAAAACUAAAUUAGGACCAUGGGGACACAGAAGGUGACCCCAUCUCUGAUCUUUGCUAUCUCUGUUGCUACAAUCGGCUCUUUCCAGUUUGGCUACAACACUGGAGUCAUCAAUGCUCCUGAGACUAUCAUAAAAGACUUUCUCAACUACACUUUGGAAGAGAGGUUAGAAGACCUUCCCAGUACAACAUUGCUCACAAGUCUUUGGUCCUUGUCUGUGGCCAUCUUUUCUGUUGGUGGUAUGAUGGGCUCCUUUUCAGUUGGACUCUUUGUCAACCGCUUUGGCAGGCGCAAUUCAAUGCUUAUUGUCAACCUGUUGGCCCUUGCUGGUGGCUGCCUCAUGGGGUUCUGCAAGAUUGCUGAGUCAGUUGAGAUGUUAAUCCUGGGUCGCCUGAUUAUUGGCCUUUUCUGCGGACUCUGCACAGGUUUUGUGCCCAUGUACAUUGGAGAAGUGUCACCCACUGAUCUGCGGGGUGCCUUUGGCACUCUUAACCAGCUGGGGAUCGUCAUUGGGAUUCUGGUGGCUCAGAUCUUUGGUCUGGAAUUUAUCCUGGGCUCUGAAGAACGGUGGCCUGUGUUGCUGGGCUUAACAAUCAUUCCAGCUAUCCUACAAAGUAUAGCUCUUCCAUUUUGCCCUGAAAGUCCUAGAUUCUUGCUCAUUAACAGAAAAGAAGAGGAGAAUGCUAAGAGGAUCCUCCAACGGUUGUGGGGCACACAGGAUGUGAACCAAGAUAUUCUGGAGAUGAAAGAAGAGAGUGUUAGAAUGUCACAAGAAAAGCAAGUAUCUGUGCUGCAGCUCUUUAGAUCAUCCAGCUACCAACAGCCCAUCCUCAUUUCCAUUGUGCUCCAGCUCUCGCAGCAGCUCUCUGGGAUCAAUGCUGUGUUCUAUUACUCAACAGGAAUCUUCAAGGACGCAGGUGUUGAGGAGCCAAUAUAUGCCACCAUUGGAGCGGGUGUGGUUAACACUAUUUUCACUGUAGUUUCUCUGUUUCUGGUGGAAAGGGCAGGAAGAAGGACUUUACAUAUGAUAGGCCUUGGAGGGAUGGCUGUGUGUUCCAUCAUGAUGACUAUUUCUUUGUUAUUGAAGGAUGAGUAUGAUUCGAUGAGCUUUGUCUGUAUCACAGCUAUCUUGGUCUAUGUGGCCUUUUUUGAGAUUGGACCAGGCCCCAUUCCAUGGUUUAUUGUGGCUGAACUCUUUGGACAGGGACCACGCCCAGCUGCCAUGGCAGUGGCUGGUUGUUCUAACUGGACCUCCAAUUUUUUAGUUGGACUGCUCUUUCCCUCAGCUGCAGUCUAUUUGGGAGCCUAUGUUUUUCUUGUGUUUGCCACUUUCCUCAUUAUGUUCCUGAUCUUCACCUUCUUCAAAGUCCCUGAGACCCGAGGCAGGACUUUUGAGGAUAUCACACGGGCCUUUGAAGGGCAGGUUAAUGAGUCCAAUAGAUCUGGGAAAGGCUCCGUGGUGGAGAUGAACAGCAUCCCACCUAUUAAAGAGAACACCACCAAUGUCUAGUCAGACCUCCUUCCACCUCCCUCUCAACAUAGAAAGCAACCGCUCCCUGAAUAGGGAGAGAAACUUCAUCAGGAUGAACCCAGGACUGCUUCCGAAUGCUGCUACUUGAUUCCCUACUCAUCCCACACACUCCUGAACAUUCAGAUGAACCCAGUGCUGGGGUUAGUCAGAUCUUCAAUGCUUUUUAAAUACUUCAUUUCUUGGACAUUCUCUCCUGUUUAGGAGAGACCAAGUGAAACUACCUUCAUUUCAGGAGGGAUUUGCUGCUGGCAUAUGACAACUUUGCCAGCUCUUCUUCCCUUAGGUUCUGAGAAUUGCCUCACUGGGGCACAUAGGGGUGCAGUUCCCCCAACGUCAGACUUGUCAGGAAGCAGAUAUACAUAGAGUGUGGAGGGUUGUGGGGAAUUUAACAAGAGCACCUUCCUCAUUUUCAUAUAGCUCUGCACAGCAAAGUAACUUGAGUUUUAUUUAUCUUCUGGUUUUAUUGCAUAAAUAUUUAUUUUUUUAAGUAUAAAGUAAUUUUACCAAAUAAUGAAAACAUAAGGAAAUAAAGGUUAGAGGGAGGUAUUUAAAGAGAGGUUACAGGGCAAAGAAGAUAUUAGAGAGG